CAAAGUAAAAGGGGAGUCUGACUAGUGGCAAUUCUCAAUUUAACUUCAAUUUUUGAAGAAGCAAGUAUGAAAUUUUUGGCAGGUUUAAGACAUUUGUCAAGGUCAACAAGAUCUUUCUCAGGAGUGAGCAGCUUCAGAGCGUCAGAACUUGAAAUUGAGAUAACCAAGAAUCCUCUACCGAAACCCGACCCUAACAAUUUGGUUUUCGGUCAUCAAUUCUCGGAUCACAUGUUAGAAAUCGAUUGGUCUAAGAAUAAUGGCUGGGGUACCCCUAAGAUAAAUCCACUGAGAAAUUUUUCGAUGCAUCCCGCUGCAAAAGUUUUCCAUUAUGCUGUUGAACUUUUUGAAGGUUUGAAAGCAUAUCGAGGAGAAGAUAAUAUUAUUCGUUUAUUUAGACCUGAUAAAAAUAUGGCUAGAAUGAAGGCCACUGCUGUCCGUAGUCAUCUGCCUGAUUUCGAAGGGCAAGAGUUGAUUGAAUGUAUUAAGAGACUGAUUAGUGUUGACAAAGAAUGGGUUCCACAUUCCACGUCUUCAACACUAUAUAUCAGACCUACUUUAAUGGGAACGGAUAACCAUUUGGGAGUUAGUCCUCCAACUGAAGCUAAACUUUUUGUUAUAACUGGACCUGUGGGUCCUUAUUAUCCAACUGGCUUUAAGCCAAUAUCACUUUUAGCCGAUCCCAAUUUCGUCAGAGCAUGGGAAGGUGGAUGUGGCAGUUUUAAAAUGGGCUGCAAUUACGCUCCCACAAUUCUUCUUCAAUCUGAAGCAGCGAAAAAGCAUAAUUGCCAGCAAAUCUUGUGGCUCUACGGUAAAGAAGAGCAACUAACCGAAGUUGGAACAAUGAAUAUUUUCAUGAUGUGGAAAAACGAAGAGGGAGGUAAUAAUCUUUCAAAGAUAAAAAAAUAUUUAGAUAUUAUUACAUUAUGGCCGAUAAUAAAAUAAUUCUUUUUUACAGUACGUGAAUUGGUAACACCUCCUCUCUCGCAAGGUAUUAUUUUACCAGGAGUGACUCGACUUUCAUUACUCGAUCUGGCCAGAGAACAGGAUGAAUUUAAAGUAUCAGAAAGAGUAAUAACUAUGAAAGACGUUUUGAAAGGACUCAAAGAAGGUCGAGUAGAAGAAUUGUUUGGUGCUGGAACAGCUUGUGUUGUGAGCCCUGUUGAUAAAAUAUUCUACAAAGAAGAAUGGUACAAAAUACCAACAAUGGAGCAAAGUUAUCCCAUCUGUAUGCAACUAAACAAGGCGCUAACAGAUAUUCAAUUCGGCCGAGUAAGAUCUCCGUGGAUGACUGAAGUGCCCAUUAUUGCAGAGGGUACGCAGGCCGUCUUAUCCCAAUAGAUGGAGCUCAUAGUCGUAUUUAAAAAAACCCUCACUCAAGGAAAUAAACUUGGAGACAUAGGGAAAUUUCCCAUCAACUCGGUGACUUCUUAUUAACAUAAAGAACAAUUUUUUUUAAUCUGUACAGAAAUGUUUUACUUGAAUAAAAUUUUAUCUUUCUCUUUUAUAGAUCAA